AUGGACUUAAGACCAGCAAGCGACUUUACCAUUGAGCAGAUUGCGCAAUGCUCCAACGAGGCCUUUGCCGACUACUUUGGCCACCCGAUUGUGUGGACGCCCGAGGAGCUUGCCGUCUACGUGCCGAGCCACUGCAUCUCCUUGGAGCGCAGCCUGGUCGCCUGCCCCGAGGGAAGCAACACGCCCGUUGGCUUUGCGCUCAUGGCGUACCGCGACGACCUCCCCGGGCACGCGCGGCUGGCCGGCAUGGGUGUCGUGCCCGCGUGGGCCGGCAAGGGCGUCGGCUCGCGGCUCCUUGCGGCCGUGCUGGACGCUGGGCGCGCCAGCGGCAUCAAGACCAUCUGGCUCGAGGUGAUUACCGAGAAUGCGCCCGCUGUCAAGCUGUAUUCGCGCAACGGAUUCCAGCCGGUGCGGUCCCUGGCCGGCUGGACAAAGGACGCAGAGCAGCCGACAGCGGCGGCGGUCGUGGUCGAGAAGCCCGACGAUCUGACAUCAGAGGCCCAGCCUGCGCUAGAGGAGCAGACGCCGCAAGAGGUGCUCCGGCUGCUCAGGCAGCACGGCGCGGCGGCGGCGGCGGCUGACCUCCCCUGGCAGCUGUGGCAUCAGUUUGCGCUGGCCACGCGCCCGCAGGCCUGUCGCGGCUUCAAGCUGGGCUCGGCGCACUGCGCGAUAUCCGACCCCGAGCACGACAAAAGGAGCAAGGAGAGUAAUACCGUUGGCCUGCUCGGGGUCGUGGUUGCGCCGGAAGAAGCGCGUGGCAAGGGGAAUGCGACGGCGCUGCUGCGCGCCGUCAUGGCCAGGUACCCGGGCAAGAAGUGGAAGGCGCCGGCGACGAUUCCGCUAGAGUACGGCGAGACGAUUGCGCGGCGGCUGGGGUUUACAAUGGAGAAUAUCCGCAUGGACUUGAUGAAACUGAGUCUGUGA